AUGGAUCUUUCUAAUCCUUCCCAUCUUGGAAAAAUGUUCAUGGAUUUUAUGAAUGAUGGCAUGGAUGAAGAACUUGUGAAGCUCUACGUUGAAAGUCAUGCGCAAGAAGAAUGUGAGAGCUCAAGUAGGCCUAGACGCCAAAGAAGGAAUAUAGAGAGGAAUCGUGAAGAAGGACAUGAGCGGUUGUUCAAUGAUUAUUUCUCAGAAACUCCAGUGUACACGGAUGAGCAAUUUCGUAGAAGGUAUCGAAUGCAUACACAUGUAUUCCUUCGUAUCGUUGAAGCUCUUGGUCAACAUGAUGAGUAUUUUCAGUUGAAGAUUGAUGCAACCGGUAGAUCAAGUCUUUCGCCGCUACAAAAAUGCAUUAUUGUUAUUCAUAUGUUGGCAUAUGGAACAUCAGCUGAUAGUGUAGAUGACUAUUUAAGAAUCGGUGAAACCACAACACUAAAAUGUGUUGAUAAGUUUACAAGGGGUGUGAUUAGUUUAUUUGGGUCACAAUAUUUGCGAAAGCCAACAACUGAAGAAAUUGAAUGCUUGCUACAUAUGGGGGAGACACGUGGCUUUCUAGGUAUGUUGGGGAGUAUUGAUUGUAUGCAUUGGGAAUGGAAAAAUUGCCCAGUUGCAUUGAAAGGGUAA